AUGAAGGUGCCCUUCCAAGCGAUUCACGUGAGUUGGGCCCACGCCUUGCCUGUUUACUGCGACGUACCAGAUCUGCACAUUCUGCGGACCUUCUUUUCUUCGAACAAAACUUAUGCUUACGCCGUCCGAAGAGAAACCUGCUGUCGAGCCUCCGUAGCCUUUCUCGAACAGGUGUCAGACAAAAAUCCACCUUCAUACAUUGACAAGUUGGCUUUAGCUUGCCAAAGUGGACUGUAUAUGGUGAGUCCCCUGGGCCUGUUCCCGAGUCGCCAGAUGUGGGUGAACCGGACCAAGACGCCUUACUACCCAUGUCCAUAUAGUGAGAUUGAUUACACUCAGCUCGUCGAAUAUUACUCUGACGAGUCAUAUGGCGCACUGCAGCCCCUUGGACCUAGUCAGUCUCAGAAUACUGCCGGUAAGGAAGUUAAACCACUCGGCAGUAACAACGCAAACCGUGGUGCUAACAAUGCUAACAGAGGUCGAGGUUUCCGCAGAUUCGCUGGACAAACGCGCCGCUUUCGUCCCCCCAGCAACACCAACCAAAGCACUAAUCAGCCAGGCGAGCCAGCAGGAAAAGCUGUUCGCAGCAGUUCAGAAAAUAAACCGAAGCAGCAUCAACAUCAGACUGAAGCCAAACCCUCUGGCAACGGAGGACGCAAGACUUACUCCCAAAAGCGCCCUAGCCAACCUAAUAGAACUGUACCCACAACAUCCGCACCAUCGUCCUCAACACAGAAGGCUUGUGACUCCACCGAGAAGCCCCAAGAACAGGCGCUUGUUUCGUAG